AUGACAGUAGCGUACGCGCAACCUUUCCGUUCUCACUAUUGAAACAGUUUGCAUGCGAACGGUACCGGUACCGCAGUAGUUGUGAAUCGAUCGCGCGAAGCAGACCGCUCGCGAUUUCGCGCCACUGCGCGGAUUAUAUGUUUAUUUCAUCAUGAUUAAAAAAAUCACAAUCUAUGCCCUGCUGACGGUUUUCAUUGAAAAUUCUCAAGGACAAAAAUCGCAACAGAUAGCGCCCUUAGAAUGUCCAAGUUUAGACAGCGGAGACAGUUUUACUCAGUCGGAGUUCUUAUCAAGACUCGCAAACGAAUGCCGCUACGACCGGCUACUGCUGCCUACCUAUCAGACCGGUGACGUCGUCUACGUCCAUGCCAGCGCCUACGUUUAUUUCAUUCAACCAGCAGAAGCACACGAUUUGAAUUUUAAACUUCACUUCCUUCUGCAACUACGAUGGACGGACCCGCGCCUAGCGUACACACUCUACUCUCCGAAAAGAUCUAAAAUCAUAGGUGAAAAUGAUCUGAAACAAAGAAUAUGGGUGCCACAUCUAUACAUGUCGAACGAACAGUCGUCGAGUCUCAUGGGAACCGACAGUAAAGACGUUCUCAUUUCAAUCGCUCCCGACGGUGAAGUGCUUUUCAGCAGGCGAAUGCAGGCAGUGUUGUACUGUUGGAUGAAUCUACAGAAAUUCCCCUUUGACGAUCAGACAUGCUCUAUGAACUUGGAAAGCUGGAAAUAUAAUGCAUCGAUUCUACGUUUAAUGUGGGAAAAGGAUAAUCCAGUUCGCUUAUCAUCGGAACUACACCUGACAGAAUAUUCUCUCAUGGAUUUUUGGACGAACGAAUCUGUUGUCAGAGGCGAUAUAGCCAACAUGCGUCUUGGUGGAGCGGGUAAUUAUAGCGCCUUAAAAUUCACAUUCAAACUUGGUCGCGAGGUCGGUUACUAUCUCAUGGAUUAUUUUAUUCCAUCGAUGAUGAUAGUGGCAAUGUCGUGGGUUACAUUUUGGCUACAAGCGGACGCAUCAGCACCAAGAAUAACUUUAGGUACAAGCACUAUGUUAUCGUUUAUAACACUGGCAUCAUCGCAAGCGAAGACACUACCUAAAGUUUCAUAUAUCAAAGCUAGCGAGGUCUGGUUCUUAGGCUGCACCGGUUUCAUCUUCUCAGCUCUUGUAGAAUUUGCUUUUGUCAACACCAUUUGGAGAAGAAAGAAAGCGGUAAACUUAAAAAAGGUGAAUAGCAAAUACAUUUUGAAGAGCACGCUUACUCCGCGUUUGGCCCGUAAAGAACUUCAAAAAGAAAUACAAGAAUCUUCACCGCAACUUUCGAAAUCGAGAUCUUGCUCGUCGCUGCAGCAGGAGGGCAGCUGCAACGACCCAGCCGGUCCCGGUUACAACAACUACCUCACUGUGCACAGUUUCCCAUCGGCCCUAAAUUUACCAACGAUUACAACGCAGAGCUUUGACGGGCUGAUGGGAAGCCCCAGCAGCAAGUCUCACAAUGGCAGCGAGGAUUCCGACGAACCUCCCAAACGUCACACUUGGACUACAAUGACACCUCAAGAGAUCGCUACUUGGAUCGACAAACGAUCCCGAAUCCUAUUCCCACUAAUGUUUAUAUUCUUCAACGUUAUUUACUGGACAUUCGUGUAUUGCCUUUGAAAUGUUAUUAUUACCUACGAUGUAAUUGGUUUUUAUCGAACUCGGGAUCCUGCAUUAUAAUCAUAUUGAUUAUAAGUCGCGAAUAACGAAACUACUUUCGAUGCAUUUCACGUUUGCAAUAAACAUUCCUGUAUUGAAAAUAUUAAAUUAAUUAAGUUUAUUACAACUACAUUAAAACACAAACAGGAUAAAUAUGAAAAUAGGGAAUUCCGAGGUAGACAAAAAUUGUGAUUAACAAAAAGAAGUAAGACGUGCGAUCUUUUUAAAAUGAAAUCAUGCGUCAUUAGAGAAGUAGUUAACAUAAUAAAUUGACUUGAAAUGUCUGUCUAAUAGUAAUUUAUAAUAUGAACGUCCUUAUAAAAUGUAAUUUAAAAAAGACACAAAACCAUUUACCUUCAAGUUAUCUACACAGCAGCUUGGCUAUGCCCCUAGGCAUGUUUGACAUUCAUCGACAGUGAUCACCACUCAUCGCUUGCUUUAAAAUGCAAAAAUGCAAUGAGUUUAAACAUAGUCAUAGAAAAAAGCAUUUACAAAAACUAGUUUUCGCCAAAUGAUUGAAAUUCGACAGUAAUCACUCACUCCUCUAGAUUGUUUUAUGUGUUAUAUUUUCUCCUCUGCUUUUUUUAUUUCACGAUUUGAAAAACUGAUAACCCUAAAGUAUGACUAAAAAAAAUUGGUUGCCAAACAGGAGAAAACAGUUGUUUUUUAUAGAAGAAUAGGCAUAGGCCUAUUAAAAGAUAAAUAAAGAUUAAAAUAAGAACGGCUUUAGCGUAGAUUAUGUACUUACUGUUUUUCACUAUUAGGUUAGGUAUGAAAUUGAAAAUAAAGUAUUGUGGCCAUAUCUCACGUUUCUACUACGAUGUAUUCUAGUUUUAUCAUUGUUUUUUUUAAGCUUAAUUAGUUAAACUUGCCGAUAUUCCAUUCCCAUGUUUUAAUAAAAGUAGCCGAUUGUUGAUGGCUGUAUAGCUCACGGUUAUCAUUUUCUUUUUUAAAGAAUCCUUCAUGUUAAUCAUCUUAUUUUUUUCCAAGCUAAUUAAUUCUUUUUAGGGGAAUAAACAAACAAUUUAUACCUCUUCUACUGUACAUUUUAUUCAUUUGAUCUCUUGAGAUGUUAGGUCGAAUCAACGUUAUUAUAGUAAUUAUUAUUUUAACUGGACAAACAUUGAAAUUGUGAAAUUCUUGGGCCUGAUAGUUGAUAAAAUUUAAUGAUUUUGUCUCAUUUCUUGAAUAAAAUAUACUUGACUAUUCACAGGCACAUUCCCCUCUUAAUUCACUAGUUCAACUACGUUAUCUAUAGCAGUUUAAUAUCUUCGUUACAAUUGACGUCGGCUAUAGAUCAAGGUUCAACAAGAUUAUCUAUCGGUAACGUAGUUGACGCUUUCACGUCAUUUAAAUUAGGUUAUGUUAAAUAAAUAUAAUAAUCGCCAAACUUUUUUAAAAACAACAUUUAUGGAUUUUUAAUUAAAACACUAACUAAUUAUGAAAUUCCUGCUUUUUUAACAUAAAUAUUUCAUCUCAAAGAGCGAUCCUUUUAUUUGUUUUUAUGCGUACAUUCUAUUUUAUUUGGCGCCGUUUGUCAUCUGAAUCUGAGGCAUAGCGCCCCCCAUAGGCUCUACCCGACGCCUGACGCUGAUGACAAUUUAUAUAUUAAUAAAAGAAGUUUAUAGAAGAUGUAUUCUGUAAAAAAUUCUAAAGUUACCAUAAAUAAUACAUAAUUGGAAGUUACUAAAUAAAUACCAAAAGUGUUAAAAAGAUUACAAGUCUUUAAUAACUGUUUAAAAUAAUUUGGCUUUUUAUUUUAAAGAGUCAUUUUAUUAACCUAUAACUUUAUCGAAGGUGCAUCUAAAUUCUAUAGUGGCAUCUAUUAUUAAUUUAUUUAUUUAUUGCACAUUUAAGUACAGUGCAUUAUAGAAUUUAUAAUAGGUAAAAAUUUUGAUUCUGGAGAUUAUUAGACAUAGUGCUGUGCUGGCAAUGUUGAAAGUGUUUGUUUAUAAAGGAGAUUUUUCUAAAUAUGAGCACACGAGAUUUCAACUGUGAAAUGAAACGUUCGUGAUAAUAUUCUUUCAGGCAUUGUAAAUAUUUUUGUUAAGAUAGUACUUACGGAAGAAUCAAAUCCAAAUUAAAUCGUUUUUGUUCAAGUAGGCUUUUACGGGCGCUUUUUUAAUUAUUAUGGUCCUGAUUUGGAAUUCAGUUUCGUUGCUGAAAAGAAGUAUCAGACCUUACUCUUUUGCAAAUGUUGUACACAUGUCUUUGAUCAUUUACAAAAUAUCUUAAAACAUUAAUAUGGCUUACAUCUACCACUGCUGAUCACAUUUUUGAUUCAUAAGUUGAUUAUUGCAAGAAUCUCUUAACAUCUUCAGUCCAGUUUCAAAUAAAACUGUUUUCGCAAGAAAAAAAUCAAAUCCACUUUGAGAGAUGGAAACGGAGUUAAAAUGAUGAAUUUUGGAAAGGAGAAAAUUGAAUGUCGAACUAAGGAUUUGUGAAUUUUGUUAUCCAAGUAAUCAAGUGAGACCAUACUUUGUUACUCCUUUCAUGCUCCAUUACAGUAUAAGAAAUUAGACAACAAUACCAUUUUAAAAACUAAUAUUAAUAAUUAUCAGCACCUACGGUCCGCCAUCUUAUUAAUGGUUUUAUUAUCAUGUGAACGGUAGAACAAGAUCUAAACGUACAAAACGAUCUCGCAUAGUAUAAUCGUACGCUACAUUCCUGAUUGCUGCUCAUAUUUAGGAAAAGUCAUUCUGUAAAACAGCUCUAACAAUGAAAUAGACUAAUAUUUUGGUAGAUUGUCUAAUUUAAGGUAUUUAAAUAGAAUAUGGUGUGUAAUCUCAAUACGUAAUAUAAACUUGAAUAAA